AUGCCGCCAAAAACAAACACUCUUCAAAACUCGAACCGACUCGAUAAACUCAGCAAACUCGACAAGCCCCUUCGCAAGACAAGCAAGCAGACGACUAGGCAAGAGGCAAGACGAGCACGACCGCUGAGUAGAUCAAGAAUUGAUCGUGAGCGGCAGUAUAGGCUGGCCUUAGGGGGAAACACGCGCAACCAGAAGACCCUGACCCAGAUUGAUUUUGUGAAACAGGCGCAAGCAUUACUAGCUCGUGGGGAUAAGGAUGAAGAUGAUGAUUUGGAGCUAGAGUAUAUUGGUGGAGAGACCUGGGAUGGAGAUUAUGAGGUCCCAGUUCAAUCGUCAAAACGGAGAAAGAGAAAUGGGAAUGGGCGGAGGGCCAAUACUGGACAAAAGUUCGGGAGUGAUCUUGGUGGAAGGAAGCAGGUAGAUGAAACUGAUGGAUCAGAUGAUGAUAAAACCUUGACUCAGAUGGGAUAUGUUACCGGUUGGCAGAAUGAUGGAAGAAGCCACAACAUGCAUGCAGGGCUGGGUAAGAGGAAGGGUGUGGAUCAAAUGGAGAAUAUUGGAAAGGAGCCGAAAGCGAAAAUGUGUGACGGAACUCUUCAGGAGUCGAGAGCAAACUGCGACAACCGGACGGGCACGCAAGGCAGGAAAAGGAAACUCUCAGAGGUCAAUUCUAAAUGCCACUCCUCACAAAUUGUUCCUCCUUCGUCCCUCAAUCUGGGAGGCAAUUCAUCGGCACGAACACCAGUGACACCGCGGAAACCAAUUAAUCGGGUGGUUCCUUCAUCACAGUCGCCAGACAGUCCUGCUCUCAUAUUACUCCCAUGCUCAUUGAAGGAAUCUCCGCCGAAAUUUCCCCUUGCUCCACUUUCUCACAAUGUAACGCCGAGGAAAACUGCACCUCCCUCGAAGGGUGAGUAUAUGACCCCCAUCUGUGACUCGCAACUGGCACAAUACGAAAUCCCCGUGUCACCUUUCAACUCCGCUAGUACUGGUUCCCCUAACCGGUGUUAUGAAGAAGAAUCAGUAAUCGAACUUAGGUCCACACAUACUACAUCUCCUCCAUUUGCGCCCGAAAAGGACUCCGAUAAAAAGCUCUCAAAAUCACCCCAUAGUAUAGCAAAGCAAACAACGCCAAAGGACCAAAAGACUGAACCGGGUGACCCUGACACGAUCUCUUUUGACGCAGAAAAAUCUAAGAAAAGAGUGAUAUAUGAAACGGACGCAGAGACAGAGGACGAGGAAAUCCACCUUUCAUGCAAAGAACACCAUUCCUGGCGGACUCAAACUCAAGUCAUUCAUGAUUCCAGUUCGAGAUCGCGCAAUGAUGAUUAUUAUGAUGAUUACCCUCUGAAUGAGCUCCCAACCCAAGCCCGCAAUUCAGACCAGGAAACAUGCGACACCCUUCCAAAAAAUAUACUUGACUCCGAGGCGUCCAUGCUCUAUUACCGCAAGCCCAUGAGUUUAUCAUUUGAGCCAGGAUCUGAGCUAGCCAAUAUUAAUACACAGAGGCUGGCGGAGUUAUUUCCAGCCGCUGAGACAGAAUAUGAGAAAUGUGUAAUCCCCCACCUUUCUACCAUUCCCGAAAAACACGAAGCAGAAGAGGAUAGCGUAGAUCACGCUUCUACAACAAGGCCCACCAAGAAUAGUAGUACGAACCAUAUCUCUAAUUCACCACGGCGUCAACCUCCUCUGAACACUACAGCGGAGCGAAGUAUCUCACCGCCCUCGUCGCCACCCGUCGUGCUAGUUGAGUCCUCACAGCAGAGUGACAUGGGAGAUGCAGAUCCGAACCAUACGGCUUACAUUGAUUCACAAAACGAUUGCCAGUGCCUAGUUACUACAAGUCAAUUGUUGACAGAUAGCAUGAUGGAAAGCGUUUCCGGCCCAUCAAUGUGGAUGUCCAGCCAUGAUCCCUCCCAGGAGGAGUACCAGGAUACGGCCGAGACGUUUAACAACUCCCACCUCGAAUACCCGAUACUUAUCUUCAGCCCGUCAAGCACCAACCCGACUCAUGAAACCGCCACAAUGGACAUAGCAUACGACCAUAUCCAAGAGGAAAUCCUCACCACUCACGACGCCAAUAACCAGGAAAAUGAGUCUUCAAACCAGGAAGCUGGCUCGAACAACGCUGACACAUCUGCUCAAUCGUCCCAACGUCCCAAUCUUGACUUAGGUGCCGAAUUCCAAGAGACAUUCCGUGCUUUUUCCUCAAACCGCUGGGGUGCUCGACUAGGAGGCCUCUGGGGUAAUGUUCGCAAACAGGGAGAAACCUAUUACCAAGGGGCCCGUCAGGAGUACGAGGCCGUGAGCGAAGAGGCAAUCAAAGGGUUUACGGACUUGAGGGCUACUAUCGUUGGGCGGACGAGAGGGCUGUCGCUAGGAGGAGCAUUGGGAAGUGGAGAUGGCAGUGAUGAGAUAGGAGAAAAAGGGAAAGAUAAGGCAAAUGAAAAUGAUAUGGAGGGCUCUACCGUUGCAUCUACGUCAUCAAGUGAAAAAAAUGACAAGGUUGAUGAUGAACCGGAUGGGGAAGGGAUAAUCUCUCGCUUCCGCAGCGAGGCUGCGAAGCGCUUAAAGGAUAUCGAGAAGGCGGAGGAUGCGGCAGAUGAGGCGCUACUUCGUUUCGGGACCAAUAUCCGGAAUUUCCUUCGUGAUGCUGUGAGCAUUGCACCCCCUGAAGAUGCCAAAGAUAAUAAGACGGUUCUUUUCGAGAGUAAGGACGUUGAUGGGAAAAGAGUUAUCCAUACUACGCGAUUUGAGGCACAGCUUCAUGCUAUCCAUUCGAACAUUGAUCAGUUAUCGCAGGAUCCUGUUAGCGAUGAGUGGUCCUGCUGGAAGAGCGAGUUUAAGGUUGAUAGCAAGACUAGUGAGAUUGCCCACGAUCUAGAGGCAUAUCCCGAGCUGCGGAGGGCGAUGGAAAGCCUUGUUCCUGAGAAGGUUGAGUAUGCUGAUUUCUGGUGCCGGUAUUACUUCUUCCGUCUGGUUAUUGAAACGGAGGAACAAAGACGGAAGGAAAUGCUGAAAGGUGCAUCCACUGUCGAUGACGAGGAAGUGGCCUGGGACGAAGAUUCUGACUCUGAAUCUGGCUCCCCAUCUACCCCCCAAGUUACCAUCGACCAAGCUGGUGGCACUAGUCCCCCGUCAGAGUCUCCGACUUCGAUGAACGCCUCCCGACUAUCAUCCGGUAACGAGACGCUAAAGGCUACUGAGCACCGCAGUUCGAAUGACCAACAAUCACAGGCUGACAGUGACGCCAGCUACGACCUUGUCAGUGGCGCCACAAGUCGCGCUCCCAGCAGUCCCCGGCAGCGAGAGAAAUCAGCAUCCACUUCUGCUGCUAAGCCCGAUGACGAUAGUGACGAGGAAGAUUGGGAGUGA